UACUUCACUAUUCCAAUUACUAGUAGCAAGUGUAGGUUCUAGUAGAGGAAACUUUUGCCAAAAUAUAAGUCAGGGAUUUAAAUUUUGUAUAUUUAUUUUAUACAACAUGUCAUACCAACAAUGUGGAAUGCCCGAUCAGACGUUUCUUUGGGACGUAUUUCAAAGGGUCGAUAAAGACAGGAGUGGACAUAUCUCUGCAGAUGAACUACAGGUUGCUCUCUCCAAUGGCACAUGGUCAGCUUUUAACCCGGAAACAGUUCGGCUUAUGAUCGGAAUGUUUGAUCGCCAAAACAGAGGAACCGUAUCUUUCGAGGAUUUCGGAGCACUAUGGAAAUAUGUAACUGAUUGGCAAAAUUGUUUUCGCUCUUUCGACCGUGACAAUUCAGGCAACAUUGACAAGCAAGAACUUAAAACUGCUCUUACUUCCUUCGGUUAUCGGCUAUCUGACAAUCUUAUUGAAAUAUUGCUGCGUAAAUUCGAUCGCUUUGGCAGAGGAACAAUACUUUUCGAUGAUUUUAUCCAAUGCUGUAUUGUCCUAUAUACUUUGACUACAGCCUUCAAGCAACAUGACACCGACAUGGAUGGAGUCAUAACAAUCCACUACGAACAGUUUUUAAGCAUGGUCUUUUCACUUAAAAUUUAAUAAUCAGAUGUCAAAAUUUUAUAUUAUACAAAAUGGAACUUUAUAAUAUGUAAACAAAUA